CUCUCUCUUUCUCUCAUCUAUCUUUUUCUCUUUCUCGCUUUCUUUCUUUCAUAUAUACAUACAUGCAUGCAUACAGAAGGUGAGACAAGCAGAAAAUGGUGGAAGUCAAGAAGCAGAGGAAGUGAAAGCCACUACUAACCUUAAGUGCAAGAACUGUCCUGUAUCUGUCAUACAGGAAAGCAUGCGAGUCGGGUGAAUCACAGAAGAAACUAGUUUGUCUUCAGGUCAGCUAACGAUACCGCUAGAGGCGCAGAGCAAUGACGGGGAACAACUCCUCCUGUGGCUUUAUAGCCCAAAAGCAGCUGUUACCUUUCAUGUAUAGCGUGGAGCUGUGUGUGGCUCUAUUGGGGAACAUAUUCGCCCUGUGGAUGCUGGCGACGAGGGAGAGGAGAAACUGGCACACUGGAGUGGUGUUCUCCUGCAACCUGGCCAUCAGCGACAUCCUCUAUGUCCUGACCUUCCCUCUUCUCAUCAUCACCUAUUUAAAUGACAGAAAGUGGAAAUUCACUGAACCUGUCUGCAAAAUUGAACGUUUCCUUUUCGCCUGCAACCUUUACGUCAGCAUCUAUUUCAUCAUGUGCAUCAGUGUCAACAGGUACCUGGCCAUCGUCCACCCCUUUUUCACACGCAAACACGUGCGUCCCAAACACGCCAAGAUCGUCAGCGUGCUGGUCUGGGUCACUGUGGCCGUCCUCUCAAGUCCGAUCCUCAAGUUUGCAACCAUCGAAAAAGAACGGUGCAGGUCAUUCUCAAGCAAAGCAAAGAGUUACAAGCGCGGCUACAGGGUCUUUAUGGCUGUCGUUGGCUGCCUUGUUCCAUUUGUGGUCACAUUCAUGUCCUAUUUUUGUGUGAUAUGGGCAGUUUUAAAAAAUGCCAACAUCACCACACUGGAGAAGAAAAAAGUGGCUCUGAUUGUGGCUUCGGUCUGCAUAAUCUAUUUCAUAUCUUUUGUGCCCUACCACAUUCUGCAAAUAUGGCACUUUCAGCUGAAGGAGAAUAGAAAAAAUGACUGUGCGGUGCAGAACGCAUACCAAGUGUCAAAGGGACUGGCAGGUGUUAACAUGUGCGUUCACCCCAUCCUCUAUAUGGCCGUGUUUGAUAGUAUCAGGACAUUUUGCUGUGGAAGGAGCUCCAAUAAAUAG